UUUCUUAUUCCCUACAUCCUCUUCCUAAUCAUUGCUGGAAUGCCCCUGUUCUAUAUGGAAUUAGCACUGGGACAGUACAACCGAGAAGGAGCUGCCACUGUGUGGAAGAUCUGCCCAGUGUUCAAAGGUGUAGGCUAUGCAGUGAUACUCAUAGCUCUUUACGUGGGUUUCUACUACAACGUUAUCAUAGCUUGGUCUCUGUAUUAUCUAUUUUCAUCAUUCACAUUUGAGCUCCCCUGGACGAACUGUGACAACAGUUGGAAUAGCCCAAACUGUACAGAUCCCAAACUCUUCAACGCGUCAGUGCUUGGCAAUGGCACCAAAUACUCCAAGUAUAAGCUCACUCCUGCUGCUGAAUUUUAUGAGCGAGGAGUUCUGCACCUGCAUGAAAGCCGUGGAAUCCACGACCUUGGCUUGCCUCGCUGGCAACUUUCCCUCUGCCUCUUGGUGGUGGUAAUCAUUCUUUUCUUUAGUCUGUGGAAAGGAGUGAAGACUUCAGGAAAGGUUGUAUGGAUAACAGCCACUUUGCCUUACGUUGUAUUAUUUGUCUUGUUAAUACAUGGAAUAACCCUGCCUGGCGCAUACAAUGGAAUAAAUGCAUAUCUACAUAUAGAUUUCAGAAGAUUAAAAGAAGCCACAGUAAGUGUACUCUUCUGCUCUCAUUCUAUAUUAUGA